AUGACACGAACUUGUGAAGUUAUGGAUGGUUUUUUGGGUUUAAGAAAAGGUGCGUGGACUAAAGAAGAAGAUAUUCUUCUGAGGAAAUGCAUUGAGAGGUAUGGAGAAGGGAAGUGGUGUCUCGUUCCUCUUAGAGCAGGGCUGAAUAGAUGCCGAAAGAGCUGUAGGCUUAGAUGGUUGAACUAUCUCCGGUCGGAUAUCAAGAGAGGGAAGUUCACUUUAGAUGAAGUUGAUCUGAUUAUAAGGCUUCAUAAGCUCUUAGGGAACAGGGCCGGCUGUAGGAGAAGUGGAGAACCGUGUCCACAAUUGUAG